CCCUCCCCCGUCGGGUCCGGGUUCGCUUGCCUCGUCAGCGUCCGCGUUUUUCCCGCCUCACCAACCCCCCCGGACAGGACCCCUUGAGCUCGUCCCUCAGCUGCCACCAUGAGCAACCAAGAUCACUCCAUGGAUGAAAUGACAGCCGUGGUGAAGAUUGAGAAAGGAGUUGGUGGCAAUAAUGGGGGCAAUGGUAAUGGUGGUGGUGCCUUUUCUCAGGCUCGAAGCAGCAGCACAGGCAGUAGCAGCAGCAGUGGAGGAGGAGGAGGAGGAGGACAGGAAUCCCAGCCAUCCCCUUUGGCUCUGUUGGCAGCAACUUGCAGCCGAAUUGAAUCACCCAAUGAAAACAGCAACAACUCCCAGGGCCCAAGCCAGUCAGGGGGCACCAGUGAGCUUGACCUCACAGCUACACAACUCUCACAGGGUGCCAAUGGCUGGCAGAUCAUCUCUUCCUCCUCUGGGGCUACUCCUACCUCAAAGGAACAGAGUGGCAGCACUACCAAUGGCAGCAAUGGCAGUGAGUCUUCCAAGAAUCGUACCGUCUCUGGUGGGCAGUAUGUUGUGGCUGCCACCUCCAACUUACAGAACCAGCAAGUCCUGACAGGACUACCUGGUGUGAUGCCUAAUAUUCAGUAUCAGGUAAUCCCACAGUUCCAGACCGUUGAUGGGCAACAGCUGCAAUUUGCUACUACUGGGGCCCAAGUGCAGCAGGACGGUUCUGGUCAAAUACAGAUUAUACCAGGUGCAAACCAACAGAUCAUCGCAAAUUGAGGAAGUGGAGGCAACAUCAUUGCUGCUAUGCCAAAUCUACUCCAGCAGGCUGUCCCCCUCCAAGGCCUGGCUAAUAAUGUCCUCUCAGGACAGACUCAGUAUGUGACCAAUGUGCCGGUGGCUCUGAAUGGGAAUAUCACUGUGCUACCUGUUAACAGUGUUUCUGCAGCUACUUUGACUCCUAGCUCUCAGGCAGUCAUGAUCAGCAGCUCUGGGUCCCAGGAGAGUGGCUCACAGCCCGUCACCUCAGGGACUGCCAUUAGUUCUGCCAGUUUGGUAUUGUCACAAGCCAGUUCCAGCUCCUUUUUCACCAAUGCCAAUAGCUAUUCAACAACUACUACCACCAGCAACAUGGGAAUUAUGAACUUUACCACCAGCGGAUCAGCAGGGACCAACUCUCAGGGACAGACAUCCCAGAGGGUUAGUGGGCUCCAGGGAUCUGAUGCUCUGAACAUUCAGCAGAACCAGACCUCUGGAGGUUCACUGCAAACAAGUCAGCAAAAAGAGGGAGAACAAAACCAGCAGUCACAGCAACAACAGAUUCUUAUCCAGCCUCAGUUAAUUCAAGGGGGACAGACCCUCCAGGCUCUUCAAGCAGCACCAUUGUCAGGGCAGACCUUUACAACUCAAGCUAUCUCCCAGGAAACCCUCCAGAACCUCCAGCUUCAGGCUGUUCCAAACUCUGGCCCCAUCAUCAUCCGGACACCAACAGUGGGGCCCAAUGGACAGGUCAGUUGGCAGACUCUUCAGCUGCAGAACCUCCAAGUUCAAAACCCACAGGCCCAGACAAUCACCUUGGCCCCAAUGCAGGGUGUUUCCCUGGGGCAGACCAGCAGCAGCAAUACCACCCUUACACCCAUAGCCUCAGCUGCCUCUAUUCCUGCGGGCACAGUCACUGUGAAUGCUGCUCAACUAUCCUCCAUGCCUGGUCUCCAGACUAUUAACCUCAGUGCUUUGGGUGCUUCGGGAAUCCAGGUGCACCAGCUUCCAAGCCUGCCCUUGACUAUAGCAAAUGCCUCAGGUGAUCAUGGAGCUCAGCUUGGCCUCCAUGGGACCGGUGGUGAUGGAAUACAUGAUGACACAGCAGGAGGAGAGGAAGGAGAGAAUAGCCCAGAUCCCCAACCCCAAGCUGGUCAGAGGACCUGGUGGGAAGCAUGCACCUGCCCUUACUGUAAAGAUAGUGAAGGAAGGAGCUCUGGGGAUGCUGGCAAAAAGAAACAGCACAUUUGCCACAUUCAAGGCUGUGGCAAAGUAUAUGGCAAGACCUCACACCUACAGGCACACUUGUGCUGGCACACAGGCGAGAGGCCAUUCAUGUGUGCCUGGUCAUACUGUGGGAAAUGCUUCACGCGUUCGGAUGAGCUGCAGAGGCACAAACGCACACACACAGGUGAGAAGAAAUUUGCCUGCCCUGAGUGUCCCAAGCGCUUCAUGAGGAGUGACCACCUGUCAAAGCAUAUCAAGACCCAUCAGAAUAAGAAGGGAGGCACAGGCGUAGCCCUGAGUGUGGGCACUUUGCCCCUGGACAGUGGGGCUGGUUCAGAAGGCAGGCAACAUGUGGACAUAUCCUGGUUCCAAGUGGCCCACAUUAAAGAGGAUGGGAUACUCAUGGAGAAGCCAGCCCGUGUGGAGCCACAUUACAUAGUCCUGGAGAACCCUAGCUUCUCCCCCAUAGGCGUUCUACUGAGAAUGAUCCAUACAGCCCUGUGCAUUCCUGUCAUCUCCAACGUGUUGCUCUACUAUCGCCUCCUACCCGAGGAAGUCAACUUCCAUCUCUACCUAAUCCCCAGCGACUGCACCAUUCGAAAGGAACUGGAGCUCUGCUAUCGAAGCCCUGGGAACCCCCAGCUCUUCUCUGAGUUCUAUGUUGGUCAUUUUGUGUCGGGGAUCCGACUGCAGAUUAAAAGCAAAGAUGAUGAGACUAUGCUGACAAAAGAAUUUAUCUCCACCCCCAUGGGAAAGCCCUUCAAGUACCUGAAGAUGGAUCAUAGCCUCCCUUAA